AUGCCGAAGAAGAAGACAGGGCAACGGAAAAAAGCCGAAAAGCAGCGUGAACUCCAGAAAAAGAUCCGAAGUGGCGAGCGAGAUUUAGCAGAGCAUCCGUGCAAUUUUCAAAUGGUUUGGUUUGGUGUUUUUUGGUAUGACCUUCAAUGCGACCAAUGCCUUCGAGAUCAGAAAUCACGAGCCUUUUGUUAUUUUUGCUCAGCCAUCAGUAAGCUACCUGUCUGCGCUCAAUGUGGGAAGCAGAAAUGCAUGGCAAAAACUGGUGAUUGUGUCGUCAAACAUCCAGGGAAAUUCACUACUGGUGAGUUUAGCUAUAUACCAGACUAUGCCUGGGCUACCGUAUGGGAAUGGUUGGAGCAAUCUGUGACUUUUGUGAAGCUUUUGUAUGCCAUGGGCGGAAAUGUCUAA